AUGUCUAAAAUUGAUUUGGGCGCUGCGAUUUAUAUUGCAUUGAAACCGAUCUUUAAGAUUUACACAAUUAUAUUUGUGGGUUUCCUACUGGCCAAAUACAAUAUUGUGUCAAUGGAAAAUGCAAAAGGUAUUUCAAAUAUGGUCGUCAAUGCAAUUUUACCCUGCUUGACAUUCAAUAAAAUUGUUACAAACAUUUCAUGGCAUGAUAUUAAGGAAGUUGGUGUUAUUAUCUUAUCUGCGAUCAUUUUAUUCACAUUCGGUGCUACAGGUGCACUAGUAACCAACUAUACAACACCUGUUCCAAAAACAUUCUUUUGGAGUUUUAUCUUUGCUGGUUUAUUCCCAAAUAUAUCCGAUCUUCCUAUUGCAUAUACGCAGAGUAUGGGUAAUGGUGCAAUAUUUUCAGAAGCAGAAUCAGAAAAAGGUGUUGCUUAUUCCUGUAUCUUUUUAUUCACACAAAGUUUCCUAAUGAUGAAUUUUGGGAUGUGGAGAAUGGUUGGUUUGGAUUUUAGAGACUCUAAAAAGGAUUCCGACGAUUUGGAAAGUCAAGGUAGUUCUACCAAUAUAUCCGAUGUUGAUACACAUCAGGGAACAUCCAUAAUUACAAACGGACCAAAGGAUGCUUGUUUGGAGACAACUUCACAGAUACCAAGAGUCAGUGUUUCAAGCUCAAAUGAUUCAAAUAGAACCAGCAUUUUAAGUAGUUUAAACAGUAAUGUAGUCGAUGAUGAUAAUGGAUAUUCUACUGGAAAUCAUGAUUAUAUCCAAAAAUAUGGCAAAGAUACAGUAAAACAGGCAAGUACCCAUUUGGAAAUUGAGAAACCAGGCGAGGCACAUCUAAUUGGGAGCUCUAAUCAAAUACGGCGGACCCAUACUUUAAAUUCCAAUUUCGAGGAUGUAAAGUUAAGUGAUGAGAAUGAUGACAACCUAGGAUAUAAUGAUUACGAUAGCGUCAUGAUGAGAAGAAGAAAACCUAGGAAAUCAUCUGUUCAUGAUGUCAUAUCAUCCUUUAGUGCUGUUGAUCGUAUAAGAACAGGUGAGUUGGAUCUUACUCGGCCACUAAGUAUGACAGAAGAAGUUGGUCGUGAAAAUACUACGGUUGGUGUUAUAGAUAACAAUACAGAAGAAACCGGCAUCGUCGAAAAUGCACUCAAAAGUAAUGGUGAUUUGCAAUCUAUAUACUCGGAGAAGUCAACCAAGUGGACUAGAUUUAAAAAGAGAGUAUCAGAUUUCAUUCAUGAGCAUCAUUUAGAGUGGGUUGCAUAUUUUGCAAUUAAUUUCUGUAGACCAGCAUCUUUAGGUGCAUUACUUGGUAUCAUAUGUGCAUUAAUCCCCUGGAUUAAAGCAUUAUUUGUUCCAACAUAUGUUCAUGUUCAUCAAGCUCCUGAUGACCUUCCAGUGCUAAACUUUUUAAUGGAUUUUACAGCCUAUAUUGGUAACGCAUGUAUCCCAUUGGGAUUAUUGUUAUUAGGAGGUACAUUAGCAAGAUUAGAAGUUAAUUCUAUUCCAAAAGGGUUUGAUAGAUCUGUAGUAUUGAUGACAGUCUUCAGAUUAAUUAUAUCGCCUAUUAUUGGCGUACUUUGGGCUAACAAACUGUACGAUAUGAAUUGGCUAGAUUCGCGAAUUGGAAAAUUUGUCAUGAUCCUUACAUGGUCAAUGCCAUGUUCUACAUCUCAAGUUUAUUUUACAGCUUUUUAUACACCUGUUGUGGGAUCUCAUGUCCAAAUGGAUUGUCUAUCGGUAUUCUUUGUCGCGCAAUAUGCAAUCCUAUUUAUCACGUUAUCAUUUGUCGUCACAUACACAUUGAAGGUAGACCUAAACGUGUAG